AUGCAGAGGGUCAACCUCUCAGCAGUAUCCGAAUUUGUUUUCGUGGGACUCUCUGAUGCUCCAGAAAUCCGUUUGCUUCUCUUUGUGCUGUUUCUGCUCAUUUAUUUGGCCACCAUGGCAAGCAACACCACUCUCCUCGUUGCCAUCACCACCGACUCCCACCUGCACAGCCCCAUGUACUUUUUCCUCAGCAACUUAUCCCUGCUGGAUCUCUUAUGUCCCACCAUCACCAUGCCCAAGAUGCUGGGGGCCUUGCUGCUGGAGCACAAAGAGAUUUCUUUCUCUGGCUGCCUGUUCCAGCACUUUUCCCUCAUUGCUGUGGUGGGCACAGAGAUUUUCCUCCUGGCUGUGAUGGCCUACGACCGCUACAUGGCUGUGUGCCACCCCCUGAGGUACCCGAGCAUCAUGAGUACGAAGCUGUGUGCUCAGCUGGCCCUGGGCACCUGGGCAACAGGGCUUCUGAACUCCCUGCUGCACACCUCUCUGGUUUUCACACUCUCUUUCUGCGGUCCUAACAAAAUCCAGCAGUAUUACUGUGACAUUCCUCCCGUGCUGGCCCUCUCCUGCUCGUCCACCCACAGCAGGGAGCUGGUGAUCCUGGUGGUGGCCGGGGUGCUGGGGAGCAGUGCCUGCGUGGUCACCGUGGUCUCUUACCUCUAUAUCCUCCUGGAGAUCCUGGCAAGGAAGUCCCCUGGGAUCUGGCACAAGGCUUUCUCCACCUGUGGUUCUCACCUGGCCGUAGUUUGCCUUUUUUAUGGGACCACCAUCUGCACCUACGUCCGCCCUUCCUUCACCUAUUCCCCGCACUGGGAUAGGGUCGUGUCCAUGCUCUAUGGAAUGCUCACCCCGCUCCUAAAUCCCAUCAUCUACAGCCUCAGGAACAAAGAGGUAAAAUGUGCCCUACAAAGAGUGCUGGGAGCUUCUUCAGUGACCAACUUCAAACAGUGCCCUGCUUGUUGACUGUAAUCUUAGUGCUGGAACACGAUGGGAAUGUUAACAAAGUUCCUGGAAUCUCCAUGGAGAGAGCUGUAAAGGACAGCAUCCCUGACAGAGCAACUGAAUUAAAAUUUCAGCUGAUCAACCUUUCAGUUAUUCCCUGAUUUAUGGUAUAACACAAGUUUUUGCAGGUGAAAUAAAGAUGUUUUUUAAAUGAAU